UGUUGUUAUUGUUAUCCUGUCUGCAAAUGUCCGCAUUGUGGGUUUCAGUAACGGAGAAACGCCCUCUGGAUUUUGUCCCUUCACGGUUCCCGUUUUUACGUCUGACGUAGAUUAUGCCUACUUAGAUUGGAUAACUGUAACAUUGCGCAAAAUUUGUGUUCCGUCAAGGCUGGGAAUCUGACUGAUGUACUUUCAUAAAGAAAAAUGAGCCGAUUAUAUUAUACUUAACCAGCAUUACCGAGCCCUAAGAUAUGAUGUGCAAUGGAUUUAACAGAAAGCCGAGGAUUCGACAGCAAGAUCUCGAAUGCAAUGCUAAAGUCGAAGCUAAAGGCACUGCGAAGGUUGCCAUUCUCCCGAUCUCAAAAGAUCUACUCCAAUUUUAAGUCUCCUGUGCAGACUCAAAGGUCUCCGAGUUGCCCAAUAGUGGUGCAGACUAGCCUUGAAAAAGAGAUAGAGGAACUGAAGAGGAAACGGAAGGAGCUCGACUUUGAGAUUGCCCAGUUUGAGAGCAAUGCCAUGGGGAUUUACGAGCUGGAGCAGCACAUUGACCUGCUUCAUGAGUAUAAUGACAUCAAGGACAUGGGACAGACCCUGUUGGGCAGGCUGGCUGUGGUGCGAGGCGUGACAACGAGGGACUUGUAUGCCCACUUUGGACUUGAGCAUGAUGACUGAGUGUUCUCAGGCAGUGGACUACACCCUCAAACACCUGUUCCCUGAGCAGGCCACACCCACUUGACAUUUUACAGUGAGGACUGUAAAAUGGACAAAGUAGGAAUCUGUCAUGGAAUGAAUGAUAAACAUCAUGGCAUGAUGAUAAGCCUUAAGAUAAAGUUGUGCAGGAGACUGAUGAAGUAUUGUGUUGAGUGCAAAGGUUGAGAAAGUGCUAUCUCAGUGUGCUUAUUGUUGUGUUGAUUGAUUCGUUAUCUCUUGAUAGCAUGUUUUUGAAGCAAAGAUCAUAGUCCAUACUUAAUCUUCCCCAAAAGAUCAGAGCAUACGGCAUACACACCUAUGGAAAAGAACUGUGGGCCUGCCAUAUAGUAUUGGAGGCCCUUUCCUUUCUCACUACUAUGUGCUACAUUCUGUGUGCAGUACUUCACCUCAUUACCCUGAUAAACUGGCCUUUCAAUCCUUUGAUCAAGUGGACUCCUUCAUGGAUCCAUGCUUUAUCGACACCAUUUUUGUCACCAUUUUGAGGGGAAAACGGGAAAUAAUUGUGAUUUUGACACUAGUCUGAGAUAUAUUGUUACCUUCCUAUCACAACAGAGUGUGUUUUACAGUUUACAGUUUUGCUCCCAUGUUCAUCUGUUGUGGCUGGAGCAAGUCAUGUACCUAUGAUGGAGUGGAUGACCCGUUUGAAGUUUGAAAUCAAUAUUACUGGAUACUAUUUUAUGGUUGUGUUUUUUUUUUAUCAGCAUUUCAGUACUGUGUCAUUAGGCUUAAAUGAAGGUGAAACGAUACUUCAGCUAUAUUUUUAAUGAGAUUACAAAAGGCACUCUCAUAUGUUUUACCCAAUCUGAUGGUAUUUCUCCAGCUUACUUUUCUUGGCUUUUACUUCUAAACUGCAUUCUUAUGCUUGACACACACAUGUUCUUUGGGUAAUGUCCAGACAAGAAUGCUGAUCAUUGUGAUUUCUUAAUUGUUUUUGGAAACUUGGAUGCAUAUUUGCAUAUUUGUGCUAGAGUAUCCAUUUUUGACCAAGUCUGAACUUCUUAUCACAGAAAACAAGGUGUUUUGCACAAAUUACUUAUAAUAUGUAUAAGCUUCAGUUCAUCUUUCCUGCUAUCCUGGGAAGGUCACUAGGACCAGAAAAUAUGAAAAGACAACAAAGCAAAACAGAUCCACCUCAAUUAUGUCACAAAGGAAAUGACAUACUUAUAAAUCUGAGAGUUUGUUUUUUCAUCACCA